UGUUUGUGUACCUGUACCUGUGCUGGUGAAUGAUAUACGGGUUUAGGUGUCAACCGUAAAAAAUCUCUUGCAUUUUCUACAUGUGAUGCUUUCACAUCGUCAUGGAAAUUAGCGGAAUUCCUUAGCAUUCCAAAUGUGAAAUAUUACCUUUCGGUGGAAUAAAUUUAAAAUAUUUCAAAAGGAGUAUGUACAGUGAAAAUAUCUGAAGUUUUGAAAGAAGUAAUUCACUACAAGCUUUGUCUAUAACAUGUUGGCUAUGCUUGCUAUCUUUUCGAAUCAGGCAAAGAGUUCUGAAUAGUUAUAUUGUUUUAUUUUGAGAAAUUAAAAAGCGCAAGGUUUUAUUUGAGUGUUUCUUCUUCAUAUACUACGUUUGGAUUAUUUAAGGAAAGUUUAUAACAGGUAACAAUGCAGUACAUGUAACUUAGAACUUUUAAGUGUUUUCUUUUCUGAGAAAAAUUAAACAGAACUGUUCCAUUCUAAAGGAAGUUUAAGUCUGAAAAAAAAGUGACAUUUAGAAAUUAUCAGAAUCUGCUAUUUAAUCUCACUGUUGAGUAAGAAAUAAAAAAAAAAAAACUUGUGAAAAUGUCACUAGCACCCGGAGGAGGGAAGGGAAAAUUGUCUAGUGCAUCAUUCGCUUCUAGGGCUUCAGACAGAAUUUAUGUUAAGAAACGAGAAUCGACCUGCACUAUAGACAAUCUACCGGACAAAUGUCUGUUGCACAGUUUUUCGUUUCUCCACCAGAGGGAGCUAGGAAAGCUAGCACGUGUCUGCAAGAAGUGGCGCCUCUUAGCGUACAACAACCAGCUAUGGAAGGUGGUAUCACUACGCCCGGAGUACAAUGGUCUCUACGUCAACAGUUUCGAGAACCUGAUGGCGCUAAUUAACGUUCGGUUCGGACCGACUUUGAGAUACAUUGAACUUCCAUGUGAACUGGUCACACCACCAAUAUUACAUGAGUUAGCAAAUAAGUGCCCGUCUUUAAAGUUUAUGACAAUAGAUUUCUCUAACGCUAUGCAACUCCAUGACUUUAAUGACUUGACCUCCUUCCCGUGCAAUCUUCGCAGUCUGUGCAUAUGUCUGUCUGAGGUGAUCUUUCUCGAAGGAUUCAUGAGAAGAAUCUACAGUUGCUUAUCCUCUCUGCAAGUCCUUCAUCUGAUAGGAACAUUUGAAAUGACAAGCGAAGGCGACGAAGAUGUCUAUGAGGUGGUAAACAUCGGCAAGAUCAAAGCACACACCCCCAAUCUACGUGUGGUGAACAUGUACGGUAUAACAUUCAUAGAUGAUUCCCACAUAGAGCUGUUAACAUCCAACUGUAUCCAUCUGGAAUGUCUAGCUCUUAACUACUGUCUCCGAGUGAAAGGCUCGUCAUUCAAAACUCUCAUACAAAGAUGCAAGAAACUGAAGACCCUUCUUCUGACGCACACAGGUGUAGAGAAUGAGAACAUGGUAAAUGUUCCCUGGGAAACAGCGCAAGUUCACGAGCUAGACUUGACAUCCACAGAAUUAUCGUCAGACUGUCUGGAAAAUGUCUUGAAUCGCAUACCGUUCUUCACUUAUCUUGGUCUAGGACAUUGCGAAUUCUUCACCGACAAGAUAUUGGACGGAAUGGUUCAGCGUGGGAAGUUUAAGCAAUUACGUGCCAUAGACAUCAGUUCCACACCAGGAUUGUCUGAGAAUACUAUCUAUCAAUUUAUCCAGUUACAUGGACGCCGUCUCCUCGGUCUGGUCUUGUCCGGGAAACCGAAGCUCACAGAAAACUUCUGGCUCAAUGUGAUUGGCUUCCUACCCAACAUCAGGGUAUGUGUUUUGGGUACCGCUAACGGCUGGUUCCUCAAGCUCACCACGAAGGUUCAUAUCGAUCAGGUGAUUGAGGGUUUCGCCCAGAAUUGUCCCUACCUAAUGAGGCUAGAGAUACAGUGGGACCCAGAUACUAUACGCUUCAGCGACAAGAGCAACAAAUUUGUCGAUCAUAUCAGAUUGCGAUGCCCACAUUUGAAAUCGUUUACACUUAGUGACGGCGAAUACUACGAGAUGGUAAAAUCUAAUUUCGAGCGUGCUGACAGGAUGAAGGUUGUCAGGACCACCACCAACUACUCUACCAGUAUUACCGGCUUGGUUAGCUGCUUCAACGACCUGCUCUUUAACUAGAUCUAUUUUAAGAUCUGGUCAUUAACUCCAUCACUUGACGCCAUUGUUGUGUUAUGCCUUCCUUUAAGAAGAUUUUGAAUGUGGUUCGUAUUGACGAUAUGAAAAAAAAAAUGUCUGACAAGUUUGUUAAAACAAUCGUGCCAAAUUCAUACGCAAUUGUGCUCCCUCACAAUAAAGUAACCGCUAGGGGGCGAUAAUCAUUCAGAGUGAUACAAAUAGUUUCGUAUUUUCUGAUAUUGAUUACAUGAAAGUAAUCAAAACUGGAUUACUUUAUGAAAAUGACUUGACAAGAGUCGUUCAAAGAAGCAUGUCUGUCGUUGAAAACAUUACACACUAGUUGAACUGAUUUAGAGUUUUACAGUUGUACGGAAAGUUCUUUUGUGGACAAUAAUACCUAAAGCGCAACAAAUAGCACAUGUCAAGCAAAUUUUAAGCUGAAAGUAUUGAAGUAUAAGCAAACCUUGCUGCCAGUGCUAGAACAUGACAUUAAAUGCCACAUGUGCUUACGUUCAAAUGUAGGCCUACUGCCUCGUUUCGAAAAGUGCUCUGUUGCUCAUUAUACAUUGCAAAAAGCUUCUUUUUGACAGCAGUCCGACAAUAGUUUGACAAUAAUACCACAACAGUAGAAAAGUAGCUCUGCUUUAAUUAACUGUCACAAAUAGUUCAGGGUACAGAGAAAGGUGAAACGAAAUACGGAGAGUGACAUUGAAACUUUUAUCCCUUGGUUUCUUUAUCAGUCAAUGUGAGACAUAGAUAUUGAACUUCGUUGAUCGACCGCGAUUGAUCUCCUGUUCUUUGAAUUUGUCAAAUUGUUAAUCGUUUGAUUGUUACUGCAGGUAAAUAAAGAGAUAUGCACUUGCUUUUAUAAAACAUACAGCAUGAUAUAAAAAAUGUUUUCUACCCGACCAAUAUAAAUAACCAUUCAUACGUAUAGAUCAUGUUUAUACUCAUUUUCAAAGUUGUGUUCAGCUUUAUGUCAUACAUGCGCAAAAUUAUUAAGUGAUAUUAUUACAUGAUUUGAGAUAUUUGCAGUGACGGAACACUGAGCAUCCCACCUUGGAAUGUUACAGAUUUGAUAUAUUUAAUAAAUUAAAAAAUUCUCAGUAAUA